GGUCCGUUUGGACGCCGCCGCGACCUCGACUGCAUUCCAGUUACAGCCGGCGGCGGCGAGGAGGAGAAGUGCGGCGAGCAAUGGCGGACUCCGGCAGCUCGAGGAAGCGGGAGGAAGGAGAUGAGUUGGGGGAAGAGGAGGACGACGUCGUCUGUUUGGAUCCGUCCUUCUUCGUCGACCGCAGCUACGAGAUGACGACCUUCACCUUCGGGUCCCAAGUGCUCCACCUCCUCUGCCUCCGCGCUGCUUCCACUGAUUAUGACCUUACUGGACAGUUAGUGUGGCCAGGUGCAGUCCUGAUGAACAAUUACCUAUCUGAACACCCAGAAACUGUGAAGGGACGUUCAGUGAUUGAGUUAGGAUCUGGGGUUGGCAUUACUGGCAUAUUGUGCAGCCGUUUCUGCAAAGAGGUUGUCUUGACUGAUCACAAUGACGAAGUUCUAGAGAUUAUAAAUAAAAAUAUAGAGAUGCAGACAUGUGCAAAUGCAGUCCUGACAGCUGAGAAGCUAGAGUGGGGAAACUAUGACCAUAUAAGCAAUAUCAUUAAAAAACAUCCUGUUGGAUUUGAUCUCGUUCUCGGAGCUGAUAUUUGCUUCCAGCAAUCUAGUAUUUCCUGUCUCUUUGAUACCGUAGAGAAUAUUAUUCGAAUUCAAGAUGGUAAAUGCAGAUUCAUAUUGGCUUAUGUAUCACGAGCUAAAGUCAUGGAUGCACUGGUAUUCAAGGAAGCUGAAAAACAUGGAAUGUGUGUUAAAGAAGUUGAUGGAACAAGAACAACCAUCUCAAAUCUUGAAGGUGUCAUAUUUGACAUUACACUUAAAUGAUGCCCGCCCUUCGCCUUCUUUGACAAAAUGCUUGGGUGGUUAUAUCUCUGUAGAAGAUGAAACAAUACCAUGCUUCCACAGUAACAUCAUUACUGAUGAUGGGCUUCAAUUCGUAUGCUGAUUUAGUGUGGUUUUCUACUGUUCAUGAAGAAGCAUCGAAUCAUGAGUGCUGAUGUUACAACUUUCUCAGAUUAUCUAUCAGUGAGAUGACCAGACUCUGAAAGUUCUUGCGAGGACGAAUUGCUGAAAGUAGUAUGUGGAAUCAUGCGAGUUUCAGGUGCUGGCCUGAAAAAGCUCUGAAUUACCAUGAGCUCGUGCUUGGUGUAUCAUGUAAAACACCAAACAAACAGAAACCUUCAGCACAUCCUUCAAUGUGUGUAAUAUGGAUCCAAUUCGCUGCCUUGUUCUUUA